GCCAAAAUCUAAGGAUCACCUGUUUUUUUUUAUCUUCUUGUAACCCGAGACAGAGAGUUUAAAGACUUUAAGUUCUUUAAACCUUAAUUGACUAAUUAAUCAGACGAUCCAGAUCUCUAUUUUCACUCUCUCUUAAAGAAGCUAUGUUCAAGUUCUGGGGUUCUCAGGAACAACAAGGGCAGCCACGUCCAGAAGAGGUUGCUCGAGGUCCAGCACAAUCUUGGUACCCUCCAUCUAUAGUUGGUUCCCCAUCUUCCUCGCGGCCUGCAACUCCAUCUAGUGCUAGCUCUUCCACUUCCCACAGUUUCCAAAGCCCUGCAGAACGCCCGCUCUCUCCUUCACCUGCUGAAGCUGCUGCCUUUAUCACUCUUUUGAAGGACAAAAGUAUUGAUGAAUUACGGAAGCUAUUAUCUGACAAGGAUGCAUACCAUCAAUUUUUACUCUCACUUGACCAGGUUAAAAUUCAAAAUAAUAUAAGAGAUGAGCUUCGCAAGGAAACUCUGCAGCUUGCGAGAGAGAACUUGGAGAAAGAGCCACGCAUAAUGGAGCUUAGAAACCAAUGCAGGAUAAUACGGACAACUGAGCUGGCUGCUGCUAAAGAAAAACUAAACGAGCUGGAAAGACAGAAAGAAGAGUUGUUGAGGUCCUGCUCUCCUGCCUCCCUCCUGCAAAUGCUACAAGAGGCAAUGAAUAAGACAGAGGAGGAAUCUGAAGCCCUCCACAGGCAGUUCCUUGAUAAGGAGAUAGAUCUUGGGGCUUUUGUGCAGAAGUACAAAAAACUCCGUACCACCUAUCACAAACGAGCACUUAUCCAUCUUGCAGCAAAAGCAUCUCCAACUGCUUGACCUGUACUUGAAUGCAUACAACUACAAGAAUACUGAGAGCACCUGUUUGCUUGUUUGUGUAGAUGAUUGAUACAACUACAAGAAUACCGAAAACACAUGUUUGCUUGUUUGUGUAGAAGAUUGAUAAUCUGAUGUACUUUUAUCAUUUUUGUGUGCCUUUCGGUCAUUUUAUCAAUAAAUUCGUGUAUAUCGUAUUUGUUAUUAAUUU